CCGGGCACUUAGGGCAGGAUGAACGCUGCUUUCCAAGAUGGCGACGGAGGGAGGAGGGAAGGAGAUGAACGAGAUUAAGACCCAAUUCACCACCCGGGAAGGUCUGUACAAGCUGCUGCCGCACUCGGAGUACAGCCGGCCCAACCGGGUGCCCUUCAACUCGCAGGGAUCCAACCCUGUCCGCGUCUCCUUCGUAAACCUCAACGACCAGUCUGGCAACGGCGACCGCCUCUGCUUCAAUGUGGGCCGGGAGCUCUACUUCUAUAUCUACAAGGGGGUCCGCAAGGCUGCUGACUUGAGUAAACCAAUAGAUAAAAGGAUAUACAAAGGAACACAGCCUACUUGUCAUGACUUCAACCACCUCACAGCCACAGCAGAAAGUGUCUCUCUCCUAGUGGGCUUUUCCGCAGGCCAAGUCCAGCUUAUAGACCCAAUCAAAAAAGAAACUAGCAAACUAUUUAAUGAGGAAAGACUAAUAGACAAGUCACGAGUAACCUGUGUCAAAUGGGUCCCCGGCUCGGAAAGCCUUUUCCUCGUAGCUCACGCAAGUGGGAACAUGUACUUGUAUAACGUGGAGCACACUUGUGGCACCACCGCCCCUCACUACCAGCUCCUGAAGCAGGGAGAGAGCUUCGCCGUGCACACCUGCAAGAGCAAGUCCACGAGGAACCCUCUCCUUAAGUGGACGGUGGGCGAGGGGGCCCUCAACGAGUUUGCUUUCUCCCCAGAUGGCAAGUUCUUAGCGUGCGUGAGCCAGGACGGGUUCCUGCGGGUAUUCAACUUUGACUCCGUGGAGCUGCACGGUACGAUGAAAAGCUACUUUGGGGGCUUGCUGUGUGUGUGCUGGAGCCCGGACGGCAAGUACAUUGUGACGGGUGGAGAGGACGACUUGGUGACAGUCUGGUCUUUUGUAGACUGCCGAGUAAUAGCUAGAGGCCAUGGGCACAAGUCCUGGGUCAGUGUUGUGGCCUUUGACCCCUAUACCACUAGUGUAGAAGAAAGUGACCCCAUGGAGUUUAGUGGCAGUGACGAGGACUUCCAAGACCUUCUCCAUUUUGGCAGAGAUCGAGCAAAUAGUACACAGUCCCGGCUGUCCAAACGGAACUCUACAGACAGCCGCCCCGUGAGUGUUACAUACCGCUUUGGUUCGGUGGGCCAGGACACACAGCUGUGCUUGUGGGACCUCACAGAAGACAUCCUUUUCCCUCACCAACCCCUCUCGCGAGCAAGGACACACACGAAUGUCAUGAAUGCCACAAGUCCUCCUGCUGGAAGCAAUGGGCACAGCGUCACCACGCCGGGAAACUCCAUGCCCCCCCCUCUGCCGCGGUCCAACAGCCUUCCCCACUCAGCAGUCUCCAGUACUGGCAGCAAAAGCAGCGUCAUGGAUGGCGCCAUUGCCUCUGGGGUCAGCAAGUUUGCGACACUCUCACUACACGACCGGAAGGAGAGGCACCACGAGAAAGACCACAAGCGAAACCAUAGCAUGGGACACAUUUCUAGCAAGAGUAGUGACAAACUGAAUCUAGUUACUAAAACAAAAACGGACCCUGCUAAAACUCUGGGAACGCCGCUGUGUCCUCGAAUGGAAGACGUCCCUUUGUUAGAGCCACUGAUCUGUAAAAAGAUAGCGCACGAAAGACUGACGGUAUUGAUUUUCCUUGAAGACUGUAUAGUCACUGCUUGUCAGGAGGGAUUUGUUUGCACGUGGGGAAGGCCUGGGAAAGUGCCGGCAGAGCACUUCUGCAGGCAGGAGGACAGAGUGCAAGGUGCUCUCCAAGACCAGAACUAAGGUGCCCGGCAGCCGGAGAGAAGAGGGCCCUGCAGAGGGGCGGGCGGGCCCCUGCUUGGAUGUGCUGCCGAGUCCCGGCUCCCACAGACCUGGGAGGGGUGGGGCGGGCGGGGCAGCCACGCUGGCUCCUGACCGCGGACGUGUAAGGUACAGUCAGUGCCACGCCACCUCCAGUGACUGCCAGGAGAAACCAGGGGAACACCUUCACAAUUUUCUCACCGAACUUUGGGCUUCCUUGUUAGUUUUUCAGAGUUUUUCAGCUCAAAACUGAAUGUGGGUGAGAAUAUCUUUCUCUGACCUAAGCCUUGGAAUAAAUAAAACCCGCAGUUGGAAGAGGAGGCCGUUGUUCUUGGCCAGCACUGCUGGCGUUGCGUGCUGAGCCGCGUACCUGGAAGGCACAGACAGCAGUCAAGUGCAGUACCGCCCACCGGUCGUCCUGGGCUGUGGUGCUGGGGCCCCCGGCUUGCCCUGCCCCGGCUGGCCACCUUUAGACCUCCUGGUAGGUCCAGAGGCCAGCUCCACGUGGUCAUUUCCAGCAGGCAGGCCAGCCCUCCCUGAGAGGCUAAAGGAGGGGGUGUGUAAGAGGGAGCAGGCGGACACCUUAAAACUACUGGAGCGUUUGGGCCCUGGCGUUACGUGCGUGCGUGGUGGCACAGAGCCGAGCUUCGUGCUGCGUGAAUCUUCCAGCAGCUUGGAAGUGUUCUCCUUGGAGCCGAGGGCCUGGGAUUGAGGGGGAUGCGAAGCUGAGGAUGGUCUCAGACCUCCAAUACAAGGAGGGGCAAAGGCUCUGCCUUCUUCCAGCCCCACAGCAGGCAGCCCCUCCCCCACCCCACUCCCUUUUAAAAUAUUAGAUUUACCCUCAGUCCUGCCGCGCACCUGCACCUGAGUGCCAGGUCCCCCUUGCAGCUUGCCUGGGAGAGGUCGUCUUUGUGGAGCGAGCUCAGUGUGAGGACCAGGGAGAGCUGACAACCAUUUGUAAACACAAGCGCCACACUGCGUUCUCUGAGGAAGAACUGGAAGCAGAUUGCACCGUGGCUUCUCCAGGGAAGAAUGUGUCUUGUUCUGUGGGUGGAGGCUGGCUGAGGGGCCUCCCACACCAGUGAACACAGGGAAGCAAGUGGCCUCCGAGGGUCCAGUUACGCAGUGGCUGCGCCCAGUGUUGAGGUCAGCCCGCAGCAGCAAGACUGCACGCCUGUGGAGGCCUAAGGGGCGCCCUAAGACACUGUGGCCUGUCGGGUCACCCUGGGCCACGGCAGGGAACAGCCACAGGGCAGAGCUGGCCAGGCCUUUCCCUGUCCAGAGCCCCGCACCCAGGGCUGAUGGGGACCCCAGGUGACGACCCCAGACUGGUGAGAGUGAAGCCGUGUGACCACUGAAAGCCACAUGACUCACUGUCGCCUUUGGGACCGGGCUCGCGAGGAGCCGCGCCGGUGCCCCUGCUCACCCAUGCUGCGUCUGUUACAUCCGCCUCGGGUCCUAGUUAAAUUGUUGUCUCUCAAUUUAAAAGUGUAAAAGAGAAAUCCCCUGCAUAUCUUAAAUUUCUGUAUGCCAGAGCUCAUUGAAGACUGUUACAUUAGGUAAAAACACUGUAUGAAAUUGUAUGAAUAUUAACUUGCAGUGGAAAUCAAAAGAAAAAUCCACAUGUAUUUAUUUCCUUUUUAAAAUUUUCAUCUUAACUUGAAUAAAUUUCAUAAAGAGCCUUCCUAACAUGAAAUAUUGGUAAAUUUUUAACUCUUGCAAUAAUUAAUGAAGCUUUAAAAAUGUCAGUGUUGUUGCUUUAUAAAUUUAAGAUCAUGUUUCCGUUUGACUGCUUUGUCACUGUCACAGCUGAGUCACUACACACCUGGUAUUCUGACGUACUUUUUUGAGGAUGUCCUCUGUAUAUUGACAUUAAAUAAACAUGCGAAUGAAUUGUAAAUGUAGAUAAUUCUCAACAAUCAUUUUCACAUCUAAGCUUUAAAAAGUUUCAGUGAACCAAAAAGAAAAGCUUCUAAAUGCUGUAACGUUAAGGGCCUUGUACAUGUUUGUAGAACAAAAGCCACAGAAAUUGCUACCUCUUAGGGCUGAUUCUGAGUCUCCCAUCAGCAGCUCCCUAAUGGCCAUGAGUGUCCAGGGAUGUUGGCCGCAGCUGUGCUGAAUCGGUGGGGGCAGGACCCGAGUUGACCCUUCCCCUGGGGUGCGGGCACCGGCAGGCCUCUGUAGGAGCUCUUUUCCUGGGUGGGUGCUGCCUGAGGCUUGAGAUGGCUGUGGCGGCUGCCCUGGCCCAGACACCGGCCGAGCAGGCGGUGGGCGCGGGAGUGUCAUGUGCUGAGGACUGUGGUUCCUCCCUCUCCAGUGCCCGGGCCCCCAUCCCCGAGAGCUUCAAAGUCACAGGUGAUGACAGGGCCGCGCUGAGCUGCUCACGGUGCUCCCACGUGUCACUUCCUCCGCCCUGGCCACCUCCCCUUGGCCACUCUGCCUCCAAGCCCUCUCCAGGGGUGGGUUCCAGAAGCUCCCCUGUGGUCUGCAGCAAUCCCCCCCCCCCAUGCUGAAUUGUGUCCAGGUCGCCUGAGAUCCCUAGGUAGACAGCAAGGCGUUAAUUCUGCUUAGAGAAAAAACAUGUGGAUCUUAUAAAAAUAACGAGUGUGUACCUUCACAAAAGCAAGUAGCUCACCAUUCUUCCACGUACCACUGCCCAUGGAAAUACACGGUGGGGUCUGAAUUGGUGGGCCCCCCUCACCCCGAGCCACAGGCCUCUCUCCCCUCCUGUGUCUGAAUUCUUCCGGUGAGGACAGCCUGGACAGGGUCCUCCUGGAAGUGACUCGGGGUAGAAGGCUGUAGGAAGAGGCAGUGGGGUCCGUUCCUGGUGCCCCCAGCCGAGGGCUCACAUAGGAGUGUGCGCACUUCCCGUGCCCCCGGGCGCUGGGAACCUUCCCUCUGCUGUUUCCCCAGGGGCUGAAAAGGACAUCGCCAGGCUAGCGAAAGGGCAAGGCCAGCUGCCCAGCGGGAGCCAGGGUGGCAGCGCAGGGCAGGCGGCACAGCCGAGCUUGGGCCGCACCCCGUCUGCUUCCCACGCCUGGCCCCUUUGCGCCUCGGAGUGCAGCAGCAGCAGCUCUGGCCAGCUGCCCUUUGGCUCUUCCACUCCGGAUUCUGUGCAGCGAGAGUACUGGGGUGACCGCGCGUUGGCGGUUCAGGAAAGCGCAGCCAGGGCCAGUGUUCUUCAUACAGGGAGCACAAGGCACACAGCUUGCACCGGGAGGGCCUCGGGGCCGGCCAGCACCGAGCCUUCCCAUGGGAGCUUUGUCCAUCUGUCUGCAGGAGACCGUCCAGGGCGAGCUGGCAUGGUACUGCUUUACAGCCACGGGACCAGAGAGGCCCUCGAACAUCCCCAGGAUGGAGGGCGAUGAGGCGGCCUCCAGCGCCCGGCUGUCCCCAGAGGGUAUAUUCCCUCCACCCUGAGGGUGGGCCGGCAGACCAGGGGAGGGGAGCUGCUCACCACUAGAGCGGGUCCCCCCCACCCCCGACUUCAAGCCACCUCUGUGCCUUAGAUCCUUGCUGUCCACCACAGCGGUCACGAAUGACGUGUGCCAUGGAACCCCCAGGGUGGGGCCGGUCCGGGUCGCUGUCCAUGUCAGUUACUCAGCAAAGCUUUGCAGAGAGAGACCUUAGUAACUUUCCUAUUGCUUCUAUGUGGAACAUACUUGGUGGAGACAUUACAAUUAUUCCACCUUUGGAAAAGCUGUUCAGUGUGCAGCUUGCGUUCCCUCCCGGCCCCCGACAGCGGGGCCCCCUCCUCGGCGCCCAGGGCCUGCGGCCACCACCUGUGACGGAAAGGAGCGUCCCUCUCUGGCUGUCCCCAGGGUGGGUCGCAGGGAGAAGCAGAGCACCUCUCCUGCCCCUGUUGGGAACGGGAGGGGCUCCUCAUGUGGUAGAUCUGAGUCUGCUCUGGACAGUUGGAAAGGCAGGGCCUCCCAGGGGGCGUCCACCUUCAGGGCCCUGGCUGCCGGCGCUGCCUCCCCUCCCCUUCCCGGGCCUGUGACUUGCGGGAGUGCAGGUGCACAGACUCCAGGCCACAGAAGUCAGGAUGUGGUUUUGCCCGUCACGGGUCCCAGAGGAAAAAGAGCUCCUACAGAUCCCACCGGCAGCUGCCUGCUUCCUGGUCUUGGCCCCGGGUGAGAGUCCAGCUGCGAGGUAGGAAGCUGUGCAUAAGCCCCCAGGAGAAGCAGCCUGGCUGGAGGUCGAUUUCAGGUCCCGCCCCGCACGGCCCCGGGGCUCUGCGCCCGGGCCAGGCUCCGUGGUGGACGGUACACACACUCCGGUCGAAGCCCUCUCAGGACAGCCUACGUGCUGCACUUACAAUUGCACGAAGGCACAAACAGGACUGCUGCGACCCUGUGCCUCCCAGUGAGAAGUGCGCACAGUGUGACUGGGCUCCGGAAGGGGUUAAGCCUUAGGCUUGUCUAAGCUGGGGCCCUGAGGGGACAGGUCCCACCUGUUGUGACAACACACACAGCCGUCUGAAUCGUCCUGGCCCCACACUCUCUCCCCACAUCCAGCCUCAGGGACUCCCCGUGCCCCGGCCUGGACCCUGUGCACCGGAGAGCUACAGCCAGAGGCUGCCACCUUCACGUGGCCACACAGAAAGCAAGAAGCCCCAGGAAGAAAAUGCCUUUUAAAAAGCCACUGGACGCUGUCCUUGGCAGGGCAGCCCUGGCUCCGAGGGGCGGGGUGCGCUGUCCACACCCUGGGCCAGUGAAGUUCCAGAGAACCCAGGCUGCCCCCAACACCAAGGCCAGCCCCGCCUUUUCUCCUGCAUGGUGCUGAGGCCCGCCGAGCUGGGAGCGCCCCGCGGCGAUGCCUCUGGGGAGCAGCCUGUGGACGCCUGCGAGUCUGCAGGAGACGGGUGAGCUGUGGCAGGGCUGCCCAGUGUCUUGCUG